GUAACGGUGCGCGCUCUCUGUUACGCAUCUCAAGUUGUAGACUAGAGGAGACUGGAUAAGACGCACAGGCGGUGAAGAAAGUGGGGGGGGAAAAAAACUCGACCCGGUUUCCAGAAUUGAACAGGGGAAUUGAAUUCAAUCCACCUGGAGGGAGUUUUGUUCUUUCCAAGUUUGUGCCAUUGAAUUGGGAGACCAAGCGCACCCAGCAGUAUGCAGUGCAGUCAUGGCAGGCAAGGGUAAGACCGUCGUGAGGACGCUGGAGGAUUUAACGCUCGAUUCUGGUUAUGGUGGAGCCGCGGACUCGGUCAGGUCGUCCAGCGUGUCGCUGUGCUGCUCUGACACGCAUCCGUCCUUCCCGCAUGGGGGCAACUGCUGGCAUCUGACGGAAUCCAUGCACAGCAGACAGAACAGUUUGGACACGGUCAACACAGUCCUGGCGGAGGACACGGAGAUUUUGGAGUGGUCCGGUCAGUGCGCCAAGCUGCCUGAGCUGGAGGACACGCCAUGGAGCCUCGGCGAGGUGGAGGGCGCCCUGAGGAAAGACGAGGAGCUGAUGGUGGGGGACCCUCCGCCGGAGGUCCUGGCGCGGAUGUCCACGCUCGUCAGCCGCGCGUUGGUGCGCGUGGCCCGGGAGGCGCAGAGGCUGAGCCUGCGCUACGCCAAGUGCACCAAGCAUGAGAUCCAGAGUGCCAUCAAGCUGGUUCUCUCCUGGACCAUCUCAGUCAACUGCAUCACGGCGGCUCUCAGCGCCCUGUCCAUGUACAACAUGAGCACUGGGGACAAGUUCAGCCGCGGCAAGUCGGUGCGCUGCGGGCUGGUCUUCUCGGUCGGGAAAUUCUUCAGGUGGAUGGUGGAUAGCCGGGUGGCGCUGAGGAUCCACGAGCACGCCGCUAUCUACCUCGCUGCCUGCAUGGAGAGUCUGUUCAGAGAGGUUUUCACCCGGGUCCUGCGCAGCGCUCUCGUGGAGAGGGACAACGGGAUUCCCAAGUUUACCGUGGAGUCACUGGAGCAAGCCAUCAACCAGGACUCGGAGAUUUGGGGGCUGCUUCAACCCUUUCAGCACCUCAUAUGUGGCAAGAACUCGAACGGUGUGCUCUGCUUGCCGGAGAGUCUCAACCUGCAUCGCGAUCAGCAACGUUCAAGCAGACCCUGCGAGAAACAGAACUACACGCAGGCCGAACUGCGGACAGUGGAGCAGUCUCUUCUCGCCACCCGUGUCGGCAGCAUCGCCGAGCUGAGUGAUCUGGUGUCACGGGCCAUGCACCACCUUCAACCACUUCACAUCAAGAACUCUGGAAGUGGGACUCCAGUCCACCAAAAGAGCAACACCACGAUACACUGGGAGCCGGAGGCCCUCUACACAUUGUGUUACUUCAUGCACUGUCCGCAGAUGGAGUGGGAAAAUCCCAAUGUUGAGCCCUCAAAAGUCACCUUGCAGACUGAGAGGCCGUUUCUGGUUCUGCCUCCGCUGAUGGAGUGGAUCAGGGUGGCAGUGGCUCACACCGAGCAUCGUCGGAGCUUCUCUGUGGACAGCGAUGAUGUGAGACAGGCAGCCAGGCUGUUGCUGCCUGGUGUGGACUGUGAACCCAGACAAAUAAAAGCCGAAGACUGCUUUUGCGCCACAAGGAAACUGGAUGCAGCCUCCACUGAAGCAAAGUUCCUGCAGGACUUGGGCUUCAGGAUGCUCAACUGCGGACGGACUGACCUGGUCAAGCAGGCCGUCAAUCUCCUGGGGCCUGACGGCAUUAACAGUAUGAGUGAACAAGGAAUGACUCCUCUUAUGUACGCGUGCGUCCGUGGUGACGAGGCCAUGGUACAGAUGUUGCUGGACGCUGGGGCGGACAUCAACAGUGAGGUGCCCAGCUCAGUAAGCAAGCACCCCUCAGUAUAUCCUGAAACGCGCCAGGGGACGCCACUCACUUUCGCUGUGUUGCACGGACACGUCCCUGUCGUGCAGUUGCUGCUGGAUAAUUGCGCCAACGUGGAGGGUUCCCUGCAAGAGGGAGCUGAAAAUUACACCGAGACGCCUCUUCAGCUGGCAGCCGCUGCAGGAAACUUUGAACUAGUCAGUCUGCUUCUGGAAAGAGGGGCAGACCCCAUGAUUGGAACGACGUGUCGGAAUGGCAUCUCCUCUGCCCCGCUAGGAGACAUGAACUCCUUCAGCCUGGCAGCGGCACACGGUCACAGGAAUGUUUUUCGGAGACUACUCUCCCAGUCGGACAAAGACAAAGGCGAUGUGCUGUCCCUGGAGGAGAUCCUGGCGGAGGGUUCGGAUCCCAGAGAGAAGAGUUUAGGCCUACAAGCCAAUGGCAGCAACAUCGGUGGGACCCUGCGAACAGGAAAGGCCAAGCUGAGAGCCCUGAGGGAGGCCAUGUACCAUAGUGCAGAGCACGGCCAUGUGGACAUCACCAUUGACAUCCGCAGCUUAGGCGUCCCCUGGAAGCUGCACACGUGGCUCGAGUCCCUGCGUACCUGCUACAUCCAGAACAGACGGCCGCUCAUCCAGGGUUUGCUCAAAGAUUUCAGCUGCAUACAGGAGGAGGAGUACACAGAGGAGCUCAUCACGCAUGGCCUGCCGCUCAUGUUCCAAAUACUGCGCUCCAGCAAGAAUGAAGUGAUCGGUCAGCAGCUCUCUGUCAUCUUCACGCAGUGUUAUGGACCCUUCCCAAUCCCCAAAAUGACAGAGAUCAAGAGGAAACAGACUUCACGCUUAGAUCCUCAUUUCCUCAACAACAAGGACAUGUCGGACGUCACGUUCCUGGUGGAGGGGAAGCCAUUUUAUGCACACAAGGUUCUGCUCUUCACAGCUUCACCCAGGUUUAAAUCCCUCCUGCAGAACAGACCCGCAGCCGAGAACACCUGCAUCGAGAUCAGUCAUGUCAAGUACAACAUAUUUCACUUGGUGAUGCAGUAUCUCUACUGCGGAGGCACUGAGUCACUGCACAUACGCAACACUGAAGUGAUGGAGCUUCUGUCUGCAGCCAAGUUCUUCCAACUAGAGGCCCUCCAGAGACACUGUGAGAUCAUCUGCUCCAAGAACAUCACCACGGAAACCUGUGUGGACCUCUACAAGCACGCGCGGUUUCUCGGUGCCACGGAACUCACUGCUUUCAUCGAGGGCUACUUCUUGAAGAACAUGGUGCUGCUGAUCGAGCUAGAGGGCUUCAAGCAGCUUCUCUACGAACCUCAGCUUCCAGAGAGUCCUGCGUCCAGCCCUGGAAUCUGCUCCGACAUUCUCCAUGACCUUGAGAAAACUCUGGCCACACGCAUACAUUCCAUCCACCUGUCCACCUCCAAAGGCUCGGUGGUGUGACGCCGCCCAGGCCGUGAACCCUUCAGUCUGAUCUCAGCCUUCAUGCAACACCGUCGCCCUGCCAUACAUCCCUGCCUGCCUGCUUACGGGAAGCUGUCGGAGGUGUGCCUCAAGCAGACAUUUAUGUCAGUGCGAGUCAGGCGGAGGUCUUUCUCACUUUGUCGCUCUGCGCUGCACCACUGGUCACCUCACACCCUUGCAAUCUGAACAGAAUAAAGACUGACAAGCGCACUCUGUCCUGCUAAGUAUGAGCAUGAAACUCUUCUGCUUCUUCAAAAACAAAAUAGAAUUAGCAGCUUCUCCAUCCCAGACUCCCGAUGUUUACAUCACUUUGUGUAGGUGAAUGCCAUAGCGGUCAACUCACGCCAAAAUAUACAGCGACAUUCAGUCAAUAAAAGUGAUUCGUAGCAAACAUUUAGGUGGGGCUUUUUUUGCAUUCCUCGGUAGAUCUGGGACACUGUGCUAUCCCAGAUGACAGACUUUACGAUCUAUGCUCAAGGUUGAUUCUAGAUGUUCAACUGAUGAACCUUUUUGCAUGUCACCAUCAGAAGAGUCUCUAUGACGACACUCUUUAUGCAGAUCUUUCAUCGACACCAGAGAACUUUGAUGAAGAACGUCUUCUUUCUGAACACUGCAUUCAAGAAAGUGUACAAACAAACUGAGAGCCAGCAUCUCUUCUUUUCUUUUGUAUCGGAUCUCCAGUCUUCUCCGCUCAGCUCAUGAUCCUAUUAGUGAAUGUUCAUCCCGAAUCAUUUGUUCUUGUCUCCGGUUCUGCAUGUUUGAAUCUGUUUGUGUCGGUCCCUUGUUUCCGUUUCUGCUGUGCGUUUUGUGUAGGCUCUUAGACAAAAGUAGGAAAUGAUUGUCGAUGUUAACACUGUUUCCCAUUUGAUUUAUCACGUGUAGAUCGAGGGUCAUACAUCAUUUUGGAAUAAUCUGAGAACCAUUCCAGAUAUAGUCAGUACAACCGUGGCAAUAAGAAAGAUUCACAACAUCCUUGACAGUGAUGAGUGUGAGUCUUGAUCAGAGAAAUGGAAUGAAAGAAAGCUACUGAAAUUUUUUUUUUGUUUUGGACAGAAACAACUACGUACUAUACACUGCAAAAACUCAAAUCUUAUUUAUAUAUUAUUAUAUAUAUAUUAUAUUUAGAAAUUAUAUUUCAGCAAAAGGGGGGGGGGGUUCUUUUAGGACAAUAUAAUCUUAUAUAUGUUGUUUUUUCACUUGUUCUAUUUGGAGAUAUUUUGCCUGAUUUCAUGGUAGAGGUACCACGAAUGUGUCAUAAAUCAAGUGGGAUGACAUAUUUUGACAGAAAAUAAAGCUGAACAAACUUAGAUUUGUUACUAAGAUAUUUAGGUUUUACAGCAUAGUGACUCUGCAAGAUUACAGAAUUCAACACCCACUCUCUGCUUUAAUAUAACAAAUAAUCAUGAGUGGGUCAAGAUUCUGAAUAAUAAGAUUGUUAUUCGGAAGAUGGUUUUAACUAUUUUAAUUGGAAGCAUCGCGAUCUUUAGUGACCUUUUGUUGUAUUUGAAAAGCAAAUUUAUUGAGUCUGCCUUUCUCAUAUGGUAAAUCUAAAAAUCUUCAUUUGCCACUCAUUUUGGGGGUUGAUUUUAUACGGACACUUGGACACCUUGUUUUCCAUUAUUGUGCAUUUAACUGCCAUGUGAUUCGUGGAGGUCAGUAUCUGCCACUUCACACAAAUCAAUCCUGCAUUCAACAUAUGUCUGUGGACAACAAAGGACCCCUAACUUAGGGCUCAAUAUUUGUAUUCUCCUGGAAACUGACCAGUAGCUGGUAUAUUAUUUAACUGCAUUUGUGUUGUAUUGUUGGUUGGUGGAGUGGCUUCAUUGUGAGAGCCCAUUACCUACCACACGUACCACGAUCGGUACACUUGAAGCUCCAAAAUAAAUGGCAAACUGCGCCAAUUAAAAAGUACCAAAAUAUUAAAGUUGGCAAAGAAACAAUAUAUUUAUAAUCAAUAACACACACUAGAGACGUCACAAGAGGAAGCAGAGUUUGAAUGUAAUUAAGAGACUGUAUUUAUUUUUCCUGUCUCCGUCCAAAAAUCCUGCAGCUUUGUUUUGUCUCAUGUCAAAAUGUGAUGCUUUCAGUGUCAGCUUUUCUUUCUAUUGGAAGAAAGUGAAAACACAUUGUAGCAUUAUGUGAAUCUUUAUGGUCCUGAACUAUUAAUAUUAUAUUCAAAACAGACUGAGUGUUCUAAACAUAAACAAAUAAUGGAACGAAAGCAUCUCAACUUAUUUUCUUACUAAUAAAAACAUUGCAUUUAUAUUUAACAUUUCACAGUGAUUUUAUUUUACCAAAAAAAAAAUAUGUAAAGUAUAUAAGUGUGAAAAAUAAAAGCAAUAUUUACAUAUACAUUAUUUUUAGCAAGAUAGUCAGGAGCUGUCAAAUAAGUACAUAUAAUAAAUAAAUACAUGUUUUAAAGAAGCUAUUUUCUUGACAAUAACUUGAUGGAAGUUUUGUUUCCUUCAUCUGCUCCUCCCCCACCAUCAAAAGCAAGUUGCAAGACUAUCAGAGAGGCUGUCUUUCAAAAUGGGUUUGGUUUCAUGCAGUGUCACCAUUCCAAGGGUUAUUGUUGUUUUAUCAUCCAUCUCUGAAACAGUGUAAAAGCACUUGAAGAUGCAAAUAAUGUGUUAUCAGUCUAACAAUGAUGUCAAGCACUUUGUGUGCCAGUGUCGCUGUAGCCUCACGACCUGAAGCAUUAUUAUUUACUGUGUGACCAUGUGAAUCAGCUCGGUUCAGCUUGAACAAUAACAGACCCUCGUGUUUCCAAGGCUACUGCCCACUGUUGCUGUUUAUUUCAACACUGGAUAACUGUGGGUUUGCAUGGCUCUUUAAUGUUGUUGAGAAUAUCUUUGUCGGGUCUCAGUCGCCCCAUUGUUUACCCGAGUUAUUGUUUGCCUGAAUUUCUUUCUUUUUAUUUUCUGCUAAUAACCAGCAUUUCUCUUGGACUGACACAUGCAUGAGAUCUGUCUAGAUUUCACCAAGGACAUAGUUUAGGGGGCGUCUUUUUCCAAUGGCCUGUAUAUUGUACAAAAGAAUAACAAUGAAACAACUAUACAGAAUAUAAAUUAUAUUUGGUGUGAGAAUGAGGGAUGUAGUUGAGUAUAACAGCAGAGAGGAAUGUUACACUUGUGCUGCAAGUUCCCAUGAAAUGCUUUUGUGGACAGCUAA